ACGAGCCUAAAAACGGCUGCGAGGGAGACUAGGAAAUACCAGGCCUGAUAAAAUAAGGUUAUCAGUUGCUAAAGAGUUAGUUCCUAGUUCAUGAAAACUGCCUCGGACUGACUCUUGAUUCAAGACACCGAAGUGUUAAAGCAAGGAAAUGGGUCGGCAAGGUAAUCUUAUCUUGCUAUUGAUGAGCCUAUCAAGCAUGUUGGUCUGCGGUCUAGGUCGUCACGUGGUACAAGACGAGUCUGAGGAGACCUCCGGUAUGGCCAGCGAGUACGUCAUCAUCUUUGAUGCAGGCUCCACCAAAACAAAGCUUGAGAUCUACAAGAUUGACGUUGCCUCGCCCCCGUUGGACGUAGCAGACGUGCACGAACUGGAUCCUUCUCCCAGCGAAAAAAAGCCCGGCAUCGCCGACUUGGACCCGUCGGAAGUUGAAUCAUAUUUGCAGCCACUACUGGACUCGGCAAUAAAGACAAUACCGGCGGAAAAACACUCCAGCACACACCUAUUCUUCCUUGCCACAGGAGGAAUGAGACUGCUGGAUGAAGAUAAAUCUGAAGCGAUCUUAGACCAAGUGAAGGAACUCUUAAACGAUAAAGCUAAAUGUCCAUUUAUGUUUGACUCCAAAGACGCCCAAGUAAUCUCGGGGGCAUUUGAAGGGAUCUAUGCCUGGAUGUCCGUUAAUUUUUUGGAAGGGAAUUUUAUCCCAGGGAAGUCCCACCAUACCUACGGGAUACUGGAUUUGGGUGGGGCUUCCCAUCAAAAUGCUGUCCAAUUUGGGCGAAAGAGGGAGGAUUUGUAUUUAAUCAAUGUGGGUGGUAAAGAAUUUAAGCUUUUUGCUAGAAGUUAUUUAGGAUAUGGGUUGAAUGAAGCUCGCAAAACAUACCUGGAACGUCUGUCAAAGAAACCUUUAAAAAAUGGUGUUAUUAGAAGCCCGUGUCACCAUAAAGGUUUCAACGAAAAAAUUGAUAUCAAUGGUGAAUUGUUCACUGUCGUUGGAACUGCACAUGUACCAAUCUGUCGAAGGUUUAUUGAAAAGACGUUUUUCUGUAAGAGGAGUGAUUGCCCGUUUAGUGAUCAACCCAAAUUACGCGGGGAUUAUUUUGGUUUUGCUGGGAUUUAUUACGCUGCCACCACCAUUGGAAUAUUAUGUUCCGAUUGCGCUAAGCCCCUCUCACCAGUCAUGUUUGAUGAGGGAUCGAGAGAGUUUUGCGCUAAAAGUUUCGAGAGCAUCAACAGCAACCCGUAUGCCAAAGAUCAUUGCUUCGGAGGGAAUUUCGUUUUUGAGCUUCUCACCCAAGGUUACUGGUUGUCUGCUCACAAGACCAUCAUGGUUGGUAACACAUUGGAAGGUUUUAGUUUGGGCUGGACCCUUGGCGCGGCUCUGUUCAAUUCAGAAUUGUUGUGAAAAACAAAUGUAAAGGGAGAAUUUCCUAGCAAAUUAAUGGCAUACACGAGUUAAAUCGGGGAAAAAUCAGAAGUAGAUUAGAAGAAAGAUAAGUGUUUAGAAUGAAGGGAUUUAAGGGUAAUUAUCAUACAAUCUUAUAGGAUGUCAUGAAUUCUUUUCAAGAUACA